GAACAUCAGAGGACUCACUCACGGGAGAAGCCAUUUUCCUGUUCUGAAUGUGGGAAGUGUUUCUCUUGGAAGUCCUCUCUCAUAACACACGAGAGAGUUCACACCGGCAAGUGUUUUACGGACAGGUCCAACCUCUCUACACAUGAAAAAACGCACACAGCCGAGAAGCCGUUUUCCUGUUCUAACUGUGGGGAAAGUUUUUCCCAGAAGGGUUACCUUCUUUCGCAUCAGAGGACUCACAAGGAGGAGAAGCCUUAUUCCUGUUCUGAAUGCGGGAAGUCUUUUUCAUGGAGGAGACUUCUGGUGAGACACCAGAGAAUUCACUCGGGGGAAAAGCCAUAUUUGUGUUCUGAGUGUGGGAAAUGCUUCACCGAUGGUCCAGAUCUUGCUAGACACAAGAGAAUCCACACCAGUGACAGACCCUAUUCGUGCUCUGAAUGUGGGAGAGGUUUUACCAAUAAAUCGAAUUUGGUCCAGCACCAGAGGGUCCACACCGGUGACCACCCGUAUUCAUGUCCUGAAUGUGGGAGAGGCUUCUCUUGCAGGUCGCAUCUUAUUGGACACCAGAGAACUCACAUGGGAGAGAAGCCGUAUUCUUGCUCAGAGUGCGGGAAAUGUUUUACGCAUAAGUCAGCCCUGGUCAGACAUGAGAGAAUCCACACGGGGGAGAAGCCGUUUUCUUGUGCCGAAUGUGGGAAAUGUUUUAGCCGAAGAGCGUCUCUUUCCAUCCAUACAAAAGUUCACACAGGAGAGAAGCCCUACUCAUGUUCAGAAUGUGGAAAGUGCUUCAGCGAAAAGUCCCUUCUGCUUAUCCAUGCGAGGACCCACCUGUCCACGAAGCCCUUUUCCUGCUCCGAGUGUGGCAAAUGUUUUGUGCAGAGAUCCCGUCUUACCUCGCAUGAAAUGAAUCACACGGGGGUGAAACCAUAUUCAUGUUCUGAAUGUGGAAAAUGUUUUAAGGAAAGAGCCUACCUUACUUUACAUCACAUGACUCACACUGGCGACAAACCGUUUUCCUGCUCUGAAUGUAGGAAAUGUUUUUUACAGAAAUCCGACCUUGUGAGGCAUCAAAGGACUCACACUGGGGAGAAGCCAUAUUCAUGUUCCGAAUGUGAGAAAUGUUUUUCCUCAAGUUCAAGCCUUGGUACCCACUUGAAAGUUCACACAGGGGAAAAGCCGUAUUUGUGUCCAGAAUGCGGAAAAGGCUUUCGUGAAAGCUCAAGCCUCACCAUCCAUCGUAGGACACACUCGAAAGAGAAGCCCUUCUCCUGCUUUGAUUGUAACAAACGCUUCACCCAGAAGAUCCACCUGGUUUACCAUCAGGCCACCCACUCUGGACAUAAGCCGUUUUCCUGCUUGGAGUGCGGGAAGUGUUUUUCAUGGGAAAACGAACUGAUUGCACACCAGAGGACUCACACGGGGGAGAAACCAUAUUCAUGCUCUGAGUGCGGGAAACGUUUUGCCAAUAGAUCAAACCUUGCUCUUCACAGAAAAAUACACGCGGCUGUGACACCAUUUUCCUGCUCCGAGUGUGGCAAACGAUUUAACAAGAAAGGAGGUCUUGUAUCGCAUCAGAGGACUCACACAGGCGAGAGGCCAUUUUCAUGUUCUGAUUGUGGGAAACGAUAUAUACAUAAGUCCUCCCUUGCAUCACAUCUCAAAACCCACAAGAAAAAGGAGGAUCCUGGCCCGGGAUGUGACUACUAA